UGUAAGUGCGGCAUUUGGGGUAUUAGUUACGGUUGUCUGGUUGCUGUUUAAAAUGAAUCGACCACAUUAUGUUGACAACUCUAUGAAAACAAAAAUCUAUUAACUAUUUCAACUAAUGGAUACUUGAAGCCCCACCAUGAAAUAAUCAAAAACACAAUUUUGCUAAAGCUGUCAGACAAAGAAUAGAAAUGACCAUUUUACAAUGGCAAGCGUGGCGGAUCUUCUGGAAUACGGACAUCUAGACGAAAAUCGCCGACGCAGUCGAAAUAGAUCUGGGCAUGCUCUUAGCAACAUACUCAAAAGCAGAGAUUACAAAAUUAUCAAGAAAAUUGGAGAAGGGACGUUUUCCGAAGUGGUGAAAACUCAAAGCCUGAAAGAUGGGAAAUACUAUGCAUGUAAAACAAUGAAGCAGCCCGUCGACAGCUUGGAGCAGGCGAACAACCUGCGGGAGGUACAGGCUAUGAAGAGACUGAGCCCCCAUCCCAACAUCAUCCAACUGCAUGAAAUUAUUUUUGAUGAAGAAACCGGAUCUCUCUCCUUGGUAUGUGAACUGAUGGAAAUGAACAUCUAUGAGUUAAUACAAGGUCGGCAGUAUCCUUUGGCAGAAAGUAAAAUCAAACACUAUAUGUACCAGCUGUGCAAGUCAUUGGAUCACAUGCACAGCAAUGGGAUCUUCCACCGAGAUGUCAAGCCGGAGAACAUUCUGAUAAGACAGGAUGUGCUGAAGCUGGCAGAUUUCGGCUCCUGCAGGAGUGUGUACUCGAAGCCCCCACACACAGAGUACAUCUCCACCCGCUGGUACCGUGCACCCGAGUGCCUACUCACCGAUGGCUACUACUCACACAAGAUGGACAUGUGGAGUGCGGGAUGCGUCUUCUUCGAGAUCAUGAGCCUCAAUCCUCUGUUCCCUGGCUCUAAUGAGUUGGACCAGGUGGCCAAAAUCCACGAAGUUCUGGGCACACCUGACCCCAGUCUCCUUCACAAAUUCAAGCAGUCGCGGGCGAUGCGCUUCGACUUCCCCCCGCAGAAGGGCUGUGGCAUUUCCCAGCUCAUCCCGCACUGCUCAGCGCCCAGCCUCUCGCUCCUCUACCAGAUGCUAGAGUAUGACCCAGAGGAGCGCAUCAGUGCCAAGACGGCACUCCAGCACCCCUGCUUCAGAGAGCUGCGGCUGGCAGAAAAGAGAGCAUCAAAUAUGAGAUGGGCCAUCGGAACUGUGGAGGGGGCACAGACCAAUGGGACACCUAAUUCUGUGGACCACCUGUGGCGCAUUGCGAGACAAGGUCGGAGACAACACCACAUUAAACACGUUGCAGACCCCCUUAUCCGUCGCAACGCUCCAGUUUAUCCUGUGGAAUUACCAAAACUGAACGUGAUGAUCCCUCCACCAAAAAUCUCUUUCCCCAUUGCUUCUCUCCCAGCACUUACCAUCAGUCAUCAUGGGUCCCUGCCUGCCAUCAAGUCUAAAAAGUGCCAGUCGCGGCUGAAUAAGCAGCCCAGAGAUGAGACGCAUCGCCAGGCUUUCAAGGGCUACCACAUGCCCCCUCUGGAGAGGAAGCACGGCGGUUACUGAGAGCCAAAUCCCAGAAGAGCUCCCCUGAUGGCUAAGGGGAGGUACUGCAUGGAUUUCACUCCAAAUGACUGCUCUCAGCUUAGGAUUUAUAUAUUCUUAAAAAAAGCAUUUCAAAGGCAUGGCAGUAACACACAGCUCUUCCUCCACCGACCCUGCUCCUCCCCCUUAGAGGACCCUUAUAAACACAGUCCUGGAGGAGAAAUGAACUGAUGGAGAGUGCACUUAAGCAGUUGUCAAGAAGCAGUCUGUCAACUUAUGAAUCCCCAGCAAUACCUUUCAACAGCAAAAUACAAAACCACCUCAAACUGAAAUAUGCCACUACAACCCAUUUCAAAAAGGAUACUGUCAAUGGAAUUAGCUUUAGGCAAUUAUGUUCGCUUUUAAUCCAGCCAUGACUCAGUGAUUACCUUAAAUUGGCUCCAGUGGUUUUGAAACCAUGUGUUGUAUUUGAAUUUGGAAAGCUAGAGUGUUUCCAAAAAAUGCUAUUAAAAGUGAAAACACACUCUAGGAUAGUACUCUGUGAAUAAGGCUGAACUGAUACAGUUACAUAUGCAGAACAAUCUGAUGAAGCUUGAAUCUGUAAAUGUGAAAAAUAACCAUUUUGAUAUUUAACUGCCUGCACAUUUUCUCAAGGACCAGUACUUGCCUUUUAUUUUCCAUAUAAGGGCAAGCAUCCAAGAACAUAGCUCUUAAGCAUGUCCACCUUUUAGACAGCAAGAUUAUGAAUUGAAACCAGCUCAUUGCAUUUGAAUAAAUCAUUUGAAUUCUGUCAAAUCUUACUGCAAUGAGGCGAACAUUUAGAUGAUCUACUGCUUUCUCUGAAUUUUAAAGCAAUGUCAUUACUUUUAUGUAUGCAUUAAGGCAGAAACCAAAUGAGUUAUAUGCAAUAUUUCCAGGACCUGUUCUAAAAUCCAGGGACAUGGAAUCUCCACAGCAUACAGCAGCAUCUCCAAACACAAAUCUAAAAGCCAUAUGAAAAACAGUAUCUGGAAAGGUCAUCACAAAUUACAUCUCGCACCAUUUUCAUGUCAUCAAUGUCCUUGCAUUGGUGUUUAUACUAUACUAUACAAAAACAGGGCAGUAAUUAACAAUACAGGCUUAACUCUGGUAGAAAGUUGUCUUUCAUGGGGUAUGACCUCUAUGUUCAUUCAUCUUUUUUUAGGUCACCUUUAACCUUAGGGGUUGAUGGGGUAACAAAUCCUUGCACUCACUCACCCUCCAUGCACACAGUACUGUUGUUUUUGAAUGAAAAGUUUUGGACACUGAAGGAUAUAUAUGCUUUGUGUAUUUGCACAAUACCUGCAGUGUAAAAUGGAGCCAGUGCAAUAGCUUUUAAGUCUGGUUUUCACACCAUCAGACUUCAUCAGAGUUUAUCACCUGACAGGGAAGGAAAUGGGAUACACAUCAAAGUUCAUUUGUACAAGUUUGUCCUUCACCCACCUGAAUACUAAGGCUUCUCCCCAGUGCAGACAGUGGAAAACCUAUGACUAGAGAUGAAAAACAAAAUAAAGAG